AUGUUGAGCAAAGAUCUCCCAGAUAUUGAGAGCAUCCUGUCUCUGAACCCGCGUGUGAAAAGUCAUGCUCAGGUCGUGUCCACAGCAAACAAGAAGAAAGAGAAGAAACACUGGAAAAGAAACCAGGAGAGAAACUGUGAUUCUUGUGUGAAGUUAGAAAACAACUUUGAUGACAUCAAACAUACAACACUGAGUGAACGAGGAGCUCUGCGAGAAGCUCUCAGGUGUCUUAAAUGUGCCGAUGCCCCUUGCCAAAAGAGUUGUCCCACAAACCUGGACAUCAAAUCCUUUAUCACAAGCAUCUCUAACAAGAACUACUAUGGCUCAGCAAAGGCCAUUCUGUCAGACAACCCGCUGGGCCUCACCUGUGGCAUGGUGUGUCCUACGUCAGAGCUGUGUGUCGGGGGCUGUAAUCUUUAUGCCUCAGAGGAGGGACCUAUCAACAUCGGGGGACUGCAGCAGUUUGCUACAGAGGUAUUCAGUAAAAUGGGAAUCCCUCAGAUCAGAAACCCUGAGCUCCCUCCGGCCAAUGAGAUGCCAGAGUCUUACCACUCUCCCAUUGCUCUGAUUGGUUGUGGCCCUGCAUCAAUCAGCUGUGCUUCCUUUUUGGCCCGACUGGGAUAUGACAACAUCACUGUAUUUGAGAAACAGACAUACACUGGAGGACUGGGCGCAUCAGAAAUCCCUCAAUUCAGACUUCCUUUUGAUGUUGUGCAGUUUGAAAUCGGUUUGAUGAAAGACCUAGGUGUCAAGGUGUUGUGUGAGAAGGGGCUCGGCCUUAAUGGAAUGAAUUUGACAUCAUUGAAGGAAGAAGGAUUCAAGGCUGUAUUUAUAGGGAUUGGUCUCCCUCAGGCCAACCGAGCUAAAAUCUUCCAGGAUCUAACAAUAGAACAAGGUUUCUUCACAUCUAAGGACUUUCUUCCGAUGGUGGCCUCUGCUAGCAAGAAAGGUAUGUGCCAGUGUCGCUCCUCUCUGCCCGAGCUCAGAGGAAUGGUGAUCGUUUUGGGAGCUGGAGACACUGCGUUUGACUGUGCCACCUCCGCCCUGCGCUGUGGAGCCCGCCGAGUCUACGUUGUGUUCAGGAAAGGAUUCACUAACAUCAGGGCUGUUCCAGAAGAGAUGGAGUUGGCCAAAGAGGAGCAGUGUGAGUUCCUUCCCUUCCUGUCGCCCCGUGAGGUGAUCAUGAAGAAUGGUCGAGUGGCAGGACUUCAGUUUUGCCGCACGGAGCAGAGGGAGGACGGGCAGUGGGAGGAGGACGAGGAUCAGAUUGUGAGGCUAAAGGCCGAUUACAUCAUCAGUGCCUUUGGCUCCAUGUUGGACGACUCUAAAGUGGUUGAGGCCCUGUCCCCGGUGAAGCUGAACCGCUGGGGAACUCCGGACGUCAACAGUGAGACCAUGCAGACCUCGGAGCCCUGGGUGUUCGCUGGAGGAGACAUCGCCGGUUUGGCCAACACCACAGUGGAGUCGACCAAUGACGGCAAGCAGGCCUCUUGGCACAUGCACCGAUACCUACAGUCAUUGCAUGGACAGUCCGUUGACACGACUCCAAAGCUGCCGUUGUUCUACAGCGCUAUUGACUUGGUAGACAUCAGUGUUGAUGUUUGCGGAAUAAAGUUUCCAAACCCGUUCGGUCUUGCCUCUGCUCCUCCCACCACCAGCACCGCCAUGAUCCGCAGGGCCUUUGAACAGGGCUGGGGGUUCGCCUUGACCAAGACUUUUGGACUGGACAAGGAUUUGGUGACCAAUGUGUCUCCACGUAUUGUCCGUGGGACGACCUCUGGCCACGUGUACGGCCCGGGACAGGGCUCCUUUCUCAACAUUGAGCUCAUCAGUGAAAAGACUGCAGCCUACUGGUGUCAAUCUGUCACUGAGCUUAAGAAGGAUUUCCCAAAUAAUGUGGUAAUUUCAAGUAUAAUGUGUAGUUACAACAAAGAGGACUGGACUGAGCUUGCAGUAAUGGCAGAGAAAUCUGGAGCAGAUGCUUUAGAGUUGAACCUGUCUUGUCCUCAUGGGAUGGGUGAGAGAGGCAUGGGAUUGGCUUGUGGACAGGACCCAGUGUUGGUGCGGAACAUUUGCCGUUGGGUGCGUGCUGCCACCACAAUUCCAUUCUUUGCAAAACUCACACCAAAUGUCACCAAUAUUGUGGACAUUGCCAAAGCAGCUCAUGAAGGAGGGGCAGAUGGAGUGACGGCCACAAACACUGUGUCUGGAAUGAUGGGUCUAAAAGCGGAUGGUUCCCCGUGGCCGGGAGUGGGAGCAGGAAAGAGAACCACGUAUGGAGGCGUGUCUGGUAAUGCAAUCCGGCCCAUCGCUCUGCGAGCUGUUUCAGCUAUUGCUCGAGCAAUUCCUGGUUUCCCCAUUUUGGCAACUGGAGGUAUCGAUUCUGCCGAGACGGGGCUGCAGUUUCUUCAUGCCGGUGCAUCCGUUUUACAGGUCUGCAGCGCUGUUCAAAACCAAGACUUCACUUUGAUUGAAGACUACUGUGUUGGUCUGAAGGCUUUAUUGUACCUGAAGAGUCUUGAGCUGGAGAACUGGGAUGGUCAGUCUCCUCCAACAGAGAAACAUCAGAAAGGAAAACCAGUGCCCCGAUUAGAAGACUUAGUAGGAAAGAGCCUCCCGAGCUUUGGGCCUUACCUCACACAGAAGAAUGAGGUAAUAGCAGAAUACAAAAAGAAGCUCAGAGACGUCGGUGAAGUGGAUUUCACCGAAGUCAACAUUAACAAGACCAAGUCGCCCAAGAAGCCAGUCCCUGCGGUGAAGGAUGUUAUAGCCCGAGCUUUGCGUCACAUUGGAGCUUACCAGGAUCUUGACAACAAAGAGCAGGUGCAAGCGCUUAUAGAUGAAGAGAUGUGCAUCAACUGUGGCAAAUGUUAUAUGACUUGCAAUGAUUCGGGAUAUCAGGCCAUCACCUUUGAUCCAGAGACCCACCUUCCAUAUGUGAAUGACAACUAUAAGCCCAAAGUGUCCUACAAAGAGAACUUGCAAAGAGUUUUCAAUAAGAAGAGGAGACCUUUGUUUGGCAGCCCUAAGCAUGAUGGUGGGCCUGCACCAGCCUACAACCACUGCUGUGAUGAGUGUGAAGUUGAACCUCUGAAGCAUUUGGACCGAUCCAUUGAGUCUAUAUCUGGCAUAUGUAAAGCUGAGAACAAACCUGACACCAAUGAAACAGACCUAGGCCGAAAAGAUCUACCUCAUGAAAAUGACGAUAAUCUGCCAAACCCUAACAAAUUUUUCAUUCGAUGCGUUUCCCUGUUCCUGAUCAUCAUGCUGAGUGUGGCUGCAUCUCUCAAUGGAGGAAGUUUAAUCCAGAUGAAACAUUUGAAUCAUUGGUGGGCUGCAUAUACUGGGGAUUUUGAGUCUGUGAAGAUGGUUCAAGCGGAGUUAAAACAGCUACAACAAGAGAUGAUUCAACUGAGGAGUAAGCUGCUACCGAUAGGACUGUCUAUGCCAAACUUUGCACUGGAGUCUCAGGGAGCACGUGUCAUACAUGCACAUCCAUCACAACAUUAUCACCCUCCAUCUCAGCCUCCGCAAAUGAUGUUUUUGGGCUUGUCCUUUUUCAAUUCGCUCUAUUCCCCAAGGACUGUCAUUCAGGGUCACACAGAGGCACUUGUUCCUGGUCGGUGCUGGUCUUUUGCAGGUCAGCAGGGACGUCUGUUCAUAUCUCUCUCUGAGCCGGUUACUGUUUCACAUGUGACAGUGGGUCAUAUCUCCAGAGACCACGCUCCCACUGGAUUCUUAUACAGCGCUCCACAGCGUUUAUCUGUCUCUGGUUUUUUGUCUGUGGUUGGAAAAGGAACACACUUGGGAACUUUUGAAUAUAAUCCAGAAGGAGAGAUUUUUCAGACCUUUGAACUUCCUGGUCCCAGGCAGACUUACAGAUGUGUGAUGCUAGAGAUUCUAAGCAACUGGGGACAUCCAGAGUAUACAUGUGUAUAUUCCUUUAAGUCUGGUCUAGGCAUCGAGGCAGAAGUCUCCAAACUAAGAGGACAAAGAGCUGCGAUGGACGGUGAUGUUGCUGUUGGCGUAAAGAGAGGCUCCGAUGAGCUCAGCAUGUACAGUAGCAGCUCAAGCAUGCCCACAAUGGCCGCCAACGAUAGCGACACUAAGAAACAGCGUCUGGAUGACCCGCUUCCCUCUAGGGUCCUCCAUAUCAGGAAGCUCCCCAGCGAAGUAUCAGAGACCGAAGUCAUCGCUCUGGGUCUUCCAUUUGGGAAAGUCACUAAUAUACUGAUGCUGAAAGGCAAAAACCAGGCCUUUUUGGAGCUUGGUACGGAGGAAGCGGCUAUUACGAUGGUGAAUUACUAUGCUGCCGUCACACCUCAGGUCCGAAAUACUCCAGUAUUCAUUCAGUACUCCAACCAUAAAGAGCUGAAGACUGACUCUGCCCUGAAUCAGAGGGCUCAGGCUGUGCUUCAGGCGGUGUCUGCGGUGCAGGACGGCAGCUCUCCCUCCUCUGAGGCUGGAAUGAUAGAACUGGCUCCUCCCCCAAGCCCCGUCCUGCGCAUCAUCAUAGAUAACAUGUUUUAUCCGGUGACACUUGACGUUCUGCAACAAAUCUUCAGCAAGUUUGGAACGGUGAUGAAGAUUAUAACUUUUACCAAGAACAACCAGUUCCAGGCUCUGCUGCAGUUCAGUGAUCCGGUGAAUGCUCAACAGGCUAAACUGUCUUUGGAUGGGCAGAACAUCUAUAACUCAUGCUGCACUUUGAGGAUAGACUUCAGCAAACUGGUCAACCUCAACGUUAAAUACAACAACGAUAAGAGCCGAGAUUACACCAGACCUGACUUGCCCACUGGCGACGGAGAAUCAGUCAGCAAAGAUCAUUCUUUAUUGGGGACCCCAUCAGGAGCUCUAGCGUCCUAUUCCAGUGGAGGUGGCUAUUCGUCCUCUCUCUCCCUCUCACAGACUGGAGGAGCCAUCAGCCCUCUGAGUGCCGCCGCUGCAGCUGCCGCAGCUGCCGGAAGAGUUGCUCUGUCUGGGUCUGGAGUGUCAGGAGUCCUGCUCGCAUCCAACCUGAAUGACGAGAUGGUCACGCCUCAAAGUCUCUUUACCCUCUUCGGCGUCUAUGGCGAUGUGCAGAGGGUGAAGAUCCUCUACAAUAAGAAAGACAGCGCUCUGAUCCAGCUGGCGGAUGGCAACCAGGCUCAGCUCGCUAUGAGUCAUCUGAAUGGUCAGAAAAUAUUUGGCAAAGUGAUGAGAGUGACUCUGUCCAAACAUCAAACUGUAGCUUUGCCCAGAGAAGGCCUGGACGACCAGCUCCUCACUAAAGAUUUCUCCGGCUCACCACUACACCGAUUCAAGAAGCCUGGGUCCAAAAACUUUCAGAACAUAUUUCCUCCUUCGACCACACUUCAUCUGUCUAAUGUCAGAGAGAAUAUUGGUGAAGAUGAGCUUCGUGAGCUGUUCACAAACGGUGGAGGAACCGUGAAGGCGUUUAAGUUUUUCCAAGACCGUAAAAUGGCUCUGCUUCAGAUGUCGUCCGUGGAGGAGGCCAUUCAAGGGCUGAUCGACCUGCACAACUACGACAUGGGCGGAAAUCACCAUCUCAAAGUCUCCUUCUCCAAAUCCACCAUCUAA